AUGGCUGCCAGUGGAGACGUAGGCAAGCUGUUACAAGUACAGAAUGUGACUCCUGCGAACACAACCUACAGUGGGGUUGAUGCCGUUCAUGCCUGUAACAUCCUCCAGCAGCUCAAAGCCUUGUAUGAUGAAGCACAGCUCACAGACAUUGUCGUUGAGGUGGACCAUGGCAAGACAUUUCCGUGUCACCGAAAUGUUCUUGCAGCAAUCAGCCCUUACUUUAGGUCCAUGUUCACCAGUGGCCUUACAGAGAGCAGCCAGAGGGAGGUGCGGCUCAUCGGGGUUGAGUCUGAGUCCAUGCACCUGGUCCUGGACUAUGCCUACACGUCCAGAGUCAUGCUGUCCGAGUCCAAUGUCCAGGCCCUGUUCACGGCAGCCAGCAUCUUCCAGAUCCCAGCCCUGCAGGACCAGUGUGCCCUGUUCAUGAUCAGCCGUUUGGACCCCCAGAACUGCACCGGGGUCUACAUGUUCGCAGACGCCUACGGCCACCAGUUGCUGAGGGAGCGCUCCCAGGACUACAUACGCAAGAAGUUCCUGUGUGUGGCAUGGGAGCAGGAGUUCCUCCAGCUCACCAAGGAGCAGCUGGUGAGCAUCCUGAACAACGAUGACCUGAACGUGGAGAAGGAAGAGCAUGUGUAUGAGAGCAUUGUGCGCUGGUUGGAGCACGACAGCCCUCGCAGGGAGACCCACCUGGCUGAGGUGUUUUCUCAAUGCAUCCGACUGCCCCUCCUGGAUGACUCUUUUCUCAGCCGCAUCCCGGCCCCUUUCGCCUGCGCCCUCUCUCUGUCCAGGGAACCUGCCGAAGCCAAGGCACGUCUCAACGGCUGCUCUCAGCGCCUGGGCAUGACCGCCUCCGAGAUGGUCAUCUGCUUUGACGCGGCACACAAACACUCAGGGAAGAAGCAGACCGUGCCUUGCCUGGACACUGCUGCUGGGAAGGUGUUCAAGCUCUGCAAGCCCCCCAAUGACCUGCGGGAGGUGGGCAUCCUGGUGUCAUCGGAGAACGACAUCUUCAUCGCUGGGGGCUAUCGCCCUAGCAACAGCGAGGUGUCCAUCGACCACCGGGCGGAGAGCGACUUCUGGCAAUACGAGCAUGCAGGGAACCGUUGGCUGGCGCGUUCGCCCAUGCUACGGGCCCGGAUCGGCUGCAGGCUGGUCCACUGCUGUGGGAAGCUGUACGCCCUGGGGGGCCGUGUGUACGAAGGGGAUGGAAGGAAUGCACUGAAGUCAGUGGAGUGCUACGAUGCCAGGGAUAACUGCUGGACUGCCGUCAGCCCCAUGCCUGUCGCCAUGGAGUUUCACAGCGCUGUGGAGUACAGAGACCACAUCUACAUCCUCCAAGGUGAGUACUUCUUCUGUUUUGACCCUCGCAAGGACUACUGGGGCCACCUGUCCCCCAUGAGUGUACCCCGGAGCCAGGGUCUGGUUGUCUUACACAAGAACUGCAUCUAUUACAUCGCUGGCAUCUGCAGGAACCACCAGCGCACCUUCACCAUGGAGGUCUAUGACAUAGAGCAGAACACCUGGGCCCGCAAGAGGGACCUUCCCUUCGACCAGGCCACCAGCCCCUACAUCAAGGCUCUGCUCCUCCAGGGCAAGCUGCACCUGUUUGUCCGAGCCACGCAGGUCAUGGUGGAGGAACACGUGUUCCGUACCAGCAGGAAGAACUCCCUCUACCAGUAUGACGACGAGGCGGAUGCUUGGACCAAAGUCUACGAGACGCCUGACCGCCUCUGGGACCUGGGCCGCCAUUUUGAAUGUGUGGUGGCCAAACUGUACCCGCAGUGUCUUCAGAAAGUGCUCUGAGAGGGCCUUGGUGAAUGGGUGACAGGUAGCCUAGCGGUUAGAACAUUGGGCCAGUAACCGAAAGGUUGCUGGUUCAAAUACCCGAGCCGGCAAGGUGAAAAUCUCUGUGCCCUUGAGCAAGGCACUUAACCUUAAUUUGCUCCAGCGGCGCUGUACUGAUAAGGCUGAUCCUGUAAAACAUCACAUUUCACUGGACCUAUCUGGUGUAUGUGACAAAUAUUUAUUGGGUUGAACCCAUCCGGGAGGAGGGAGCGUGAGGUCCUGCUUGUCUUGUGCCUGAUGCUUUCCUGUUUUGCACCACAAGGGCAGUUAAGAGUUUAGUCUUAAAGCAUUAAAAUAUAAGGUUUAACACGAUCAAAUGGGGGUGCUUUCAAAAGAUUGCAGUAUUUAUUUAUUUUUUCUUCCACUCAGCACCAAAUACCCAAACUGAUGCUUGUUUUACAGCCCAAUGAAUUAUAAGUGCAAUUAUUAUGUUUGCUUGUUGUUGAGCCAUUUUGUUCCAUUUAAUCUUAAAAGCAUAUAUAGGUUAACAUUUUUACAAUUGAUUGACAUGCAGUUGAUGGAUCAGAUGAAGUACCCUCUAGUUAUGGAACCGCGACAUGUUAGCAUAAAGUGAAAAUUAUAUAUAUAUAUAAAUCAUAAAAAUGUUAUAUAUAUAUUCAUACGGGUAAGAUGAGCAGUGUUGCUCAUUUGUAGGUUGUUAGCUCAGAUUGAGGUUUUUUUGUCUGACUUUUGUAUUGAUUUGAAUGAUUGCUCCCUACAGCAAGUUCGUCUUUGUGGAAGUGUUUAUUAGUUGUGUAUGAAGUGUGCUCGUGAUUUAGAUCAAUUUAGUAUUAUUGCCAUGUGUGAUCGGUAUGAUGCUAUUUUCUGAAACGAAUACUUUUCUUUCAAGAGAAGGCCUAAGUUGUCAACCAAUGUGCUAUUUGGCUUCGUUGCAGUUGGAUUUAUACUUUUUCAAUUUGUAGACUAAUGCAAUGGACUCUCAGAGCUGGCAUCCAUUUUGUUGCAACGAGUUUCACAUGCCAAGACAACUUAAGAGAAGUUAGACGAUUCACUCUCCACAUUGGAGAAACAAGUCAGAUGUGUGGUUGGCCAAGAUAAGUGCGACAUUUCGAACCAGGCAACAGUUUGCUUUGAUAGCAACUUAACAGAAGUCAGAUAAGGAAUGAAGGGACAUGGUUCAGGCUGAUGUAUUGAUUUGGCCAAAGUGUGGGCAGCUCGCUGCAGAAUAGUAUUUUCUGUCGUAUUUUUUUUUCAGCAUGUCUGGUAUUCAUUACAAUCUGCUUUAAAAAAGUGUUUGGGUUAACCUACCUCUUAAAUGCCAAAAUGCAUUUAAGAACUUGUUUUGGUUAAUCUGAAAAGUUGAUGAAGUUUCAAGUAGCUAUAACUAAGGAAACUUUGAUACAAUUAGGUAGGGGUGGGACGAUACCAGUAUCGCGAUACUUCUUAGUAUUGUGGCAAGGAAACAAAACAUGAAGCAGAUUUAACUUCUUUAGGAUAACAGUCCUAAAGUUGGAAACAUACCUCAUUAUGUUAUCCGGAGUCACCUUUAUUUAUUUUCCAAACUAUAGCACAAUAUUUUACAUACAGCAGGUUUUUAAAGGGCCAAAGCAGGUGGUCUGCUUCGUGUUUUCAUUUUUGCCAUUGAUAAAAUAUUGCAAUGCUGGUAUCGUCACAGCCCUACAUUUAGGUUUACGCUCGUUGAAGUGCAUUACAUUUUGUUUUCAAGCCUAAUUUGGGUACUUACCUUUGCUCGUUGAAAUGUUUCAAUAUUUGCCUGUGUGGCUGGCUGCUGUACAGUAGUUGUCUGAGGAGGAGUAAAGUAGAGAUUGUUGGUGUAUAAUUUAGUGCAGAUCCCAAGGGGGAUGUCAUUGUGCC